AUGACGGCCCUCUUCGGGCUCUUCUUGGUUAUCCCGGCAGUAGUGAUCGCUUCAACUGGGGCAGACACGCCGUUCGCGCCUGGCUUCCCGUCGCCUUGGGCCAGCGGCGGUUCUGGCUGGGAUGAGGCCUACGAAAAAGCCAAGAAGUUCGUCAGCAGCCUGACGCUCGUGGAAAAGGUCAAUCUCACCACGGGCACCGGCUGGGAGGCCGACAGGUGUGUGGGAAGCACCGGAUCCGUGCCCAGGCUCGGGUUCCGCGCCUUUUGUCUCGAGGAUGGGCCGCUCGGCGUCCGCUACACGGAUCACAAUUCGGCUUUCCCGGCCGGCAUCAACGUCGCGGCUACCUUCAGCCGGGACCUUAUGCGGCGACGUGGCGAGGAAAUGGGCGAGGAGUUCCUCGGCAAAGGCAUCGACGUCCAACUCGGUCCCGUUGCAGGGCCGCUGGGCCGAGUACCCGAGGGUGGCCGGAACUGGGAAGGCUUCAGUCCCGACCCCUACCUGACGGGCGUCGCCAUGGCCGAGACAAUUAAGGGAAUUCAGAGCCGCGGCGUCGUAGCAUGCGCAAAGCAUUACAUACUGAACGAGCAGGAGCACUACCGCAACCGUAUCGACGUUCGAAUCGACGACCGCACCAUGCACGAGCUGUACCUGUGGCCAUUUGCCGAUGCCGUCCGUGCCGGCGUCGGCUCUGUCAUGUGUUCGUAUAACAAGAUCAACGGCGCCUUCGCUUGUGAAAAUGAGUGGACGACAAACUACCUACUCAAGAACGAGCUUAGCUUCCAGGGUUUCGUCAUGUCGGACUGGGGAGCUCAGCACACAACUCUGGGCUCGGCCCUUGGGGGGCUCGACAUGGCCAUGCCGGGCGAUGGCGGAGGUCCGCCGUACGGCGCUCUCUGGGGAGGCGCGCUGACCGAGGCUGUCCUCAAGGGUCAAGUUCCGCAGUGGCGUCUAGAUGACAUGGUGAUCCGAAUCAUGGCUGCCUUCUACAAAGUCAAGAGCGGCAACUACACUUCGCGACCCGACGUCAAUUUCUCGGCGUGGACGAACAAGACGACGGGACCCCUACAUCCUUUGUCAAACCAGUCGUCGAUUGGUGUCGUCAAUGAGUUUGUCAAUGUGCAGGGAGACCACGCGGCUCUUAUCAGGGAGAUUGGUGCCAAGUCAGUCGUCUUGCUGAAGAACGAGAAGGCGGCCUUGCCCCUGAAUAAGCCACAAAGCAUGGCCGUCAUCGGCAAUGAUGCCCAAGACACGCCCGGCGGACCAAAUGCCUGCCCCGAGAGAGGCUGCAUCAAGGGGACCGUGGCUAUGGGCUACGGAUCUGGGACGGCCGAAUUCCCGUACCUCGUCUCCCCAGCAACGGCACUCGAGCUUCAGGCAGCCACAGACAAUACCGUCUUCACAAACACGACGGGAAACUGGAACCUGGCCGCCGCAAAAGCCGCCGCAAGCAACGCCUCGGCGGCCAUCGUGUUUGUCACGGCCACGGCGGGAGAGAACUUCAUCACCCUCGACGGAAACGCAGGAGACCGGAACAACCUGACUCUCUGGGAUAACGGCGACGAGCUUAUACGGGCGGUAGCUUCAGUCAACCCCAACACCAUUGUCGUUCUGCACACGGCCGGGCCCGUCAUUCUCGAGUACGCAAAGCAGCACCCGAACGUCACAGCCAUCCUCUGGGCCGGGUUUCCCGGCCAGGAAUCUGGCAACGCACUGGCCGACGUGCUAUACGGAAGGGUCAACCCGCAGGGCCGGUCCCCAUUCACGUGGGGAAAGAGUGUAAAAGACUAUGGGGCUCAGCUGAUGUUCACGGCGCCCAACCCGGCCCUGCCAUCCCAGACCUUCGACGAGGGCGUCUUCAUCGACUACCGCUACUUUGACAAGGCGGCCAUCGCGCCCACGUGGUGGUUUGGCUCCGGGCUGAGCUACACGACGUUUUCGUACGCGCGCCUCGAGAUUGUGGUGCACAACACCACCAAUCCCUACCAGGCCGCAGGCGGCUUGACGCCGCCGGCGCCCACCUACGGUACCCUAGACCGGACCGCCGGGGCAAACGUGGUUCCCGACGGCUUCCGCAAGAUUUCGCCGUAUGUCUAUCCCUGGGUCAGCUCCAGCGCCAACGUCUCCGGGCCGGCAAGCGUCAGCCCUACCGCCGCAAUCAACGGCUCCGCACAGCCUGUGCUCCCCGCGGGCGGUGCGCCUGGCGGGAACGCCCGGCUGUUCGACGUGCUAUAUACCAUUUCGGUGUCCAUUACGAACACGGGCAAGGUAGCCGGAACCGAGAUUCCGCAGUUGUACGUGCAACUCGGCGGCGAGGACAACCCCUUCAGCGUGCUGCGGGGCUUCGACGAGGCCGCUCUCGAACCGGGCCAGUCCAAGACGGUUGCCUUCAGCCUCACCCGCCGUGACGUCAGUAAUUGGAAUACGACGAGCCAGAAUUGGGAGAUUUGGGACCGCGAGAAGUUUGUCUUUGUCGGCUCUAGUUUUGAGGCCAUUCGCUUGAACUCGACGUUGCCACCGCCGCCCGCAAGCGCCUAG